UGCUAUGUACAAUAUGGAGGCAAAGUGGUAGAGUUGAAAAGCAUGAAGUAAAAAAAAAAUGUCGAAAACUGUUGAUGAACAUGUAUCGGGACUGCUUCCAGUUGUUCCUGGAAAAUGGAUAUGGAAAGAAGAAACAAAAUCAUUGGACUUUGUCAGUGCAAAUCCAAUGGCAGAGAGGGACAGAAAGAAAAGAACAAGGGAAGGAAACAAAUUAAAAGAUAGGGUAGCCUCCAGUGUGGCACGAGGUGGAUACAAUAGAGGUCAAACCCGCAGAAAUACCACAAAAUCUCCACACCCUCCUAUAAAACAAACAACAGAACAUUCCACAGUCACACUGGACGAUGUCAAGGGAGUUGCGUACAGCCUAAUAUCAGAUGGAGAAAAUCUGUCAGACACAUUUGAAGGAAUAUUUCACACAGACCAAUUUGAUAAUUUCCUACUACACCUACUGAGCUAUUUUCAUUGUUUCUUUGAUAAACUUCACCAGGAACAUAAAAUAAACACAACAACAUACAUAGAACCCAGUAAAUCAGAAAAAGAAGCUUAUGAAGUAGCUUGUGCUAAGCUGAAGGUAGCUCAUCGUUUGUUGGGUCAGUCGUACUGUCUGCUGGUGUUAGGUCUGGGACUGGAGACCGUUCAUCAUAUGGCCUGUGGAGGAUCACGAGUCUCAUCUACCCUGAAAGAUAGGAGCAUGUUUGAGACACUUUAUUCAUUCUGUGCAUACUUUGUAUGGAUUGCAUUCAAAAAGAAGGAAUAUGAAAAUAUCAGGAAAGAAGUCGGAAGAUUGCUGAGAUCUGAUACAUUCAACCCUGCCAUUAGAGUCAAAAAUGCUCCUGAUGAGAAAGAUCUGAAAGAUAAAAAAGACAAAGAAAACAAAGAAGAGAAGAAAUUAACGCCAGCGGAAUACCGAAGGCUGCAUCCGAAGCGGCCAGCCAUCAAAUCAAUAAUACAUCAGAGAUCCCCUGCUAUUGUAGCAGUCUUGCCAUCUCCAAAAGAGGAAGCCCAUUGGCUGUUUAAAAUGAGAAAUGCAUUACCACCAAGUGAGCUGGAGAAGAUUGGACGAGGAGAGGAUGAGGAAGAGGAAGAGGUGUUAGAGGAAAAUCAAAUUUACCUCAAUAAAAAAAACAUCAAAAUUGGGAUUAUUGGUGAACCCCUGGCCAUGUUUAACCUUCAAACACUGUCUCCUCUGGGGGCUGACAAUGAAGAUGAGGAAAACGAAGAGGAGGGAGAAAAGCCCCCCCAUGUGGAAGAGACAUCAGGAGAAACAGUUCCUCCAGAUGGGCUGAAGCAACGACAAAGGUUGCUUAGCAACAUGUUUACAAUGUUUGAGCAGAGAGUCAGCAGACAACAAACAGCAGUGUCCACUGCCACACUAGACGCAGAGGAAUCAUAACAACAAAUAAUUAGGACAUUAAUUAAUUAACACUUAAAGAAAGGACAAAUAAUUUACAAUCCAUUUGAAUGUUCAGUGAUUGUGCACUUGCACAGUGAUUUCACACAUGUACGUGUAUUUGAAUAAAUUGUACAUCAAAGUUA